AUGCAACGGGGUGCGGGCAACCGGGCUGGGAGUUCUCCCGAGGAAAAGCCAAGUGAAGUGGGGGACCCGGCGGUGGUGACAACGGUAAACCUAGCCCUUAAGCAGCCUGGAAAGAGGCUAGAGCAUCAAGGAAUUAGAAUUGAAUUUGUAGGUCAAAUUGAACUUUUCAAUGACAAGAGUAAUACUCAUGAGUUUGUAAACCUAGUGAAAGAACUAGCCUUACCUGGAGAACUGACUCAGAACAGAAGUUAUGAUUUUGAAUUUAUGCAAGUUGAAAAGCCAUAUGAGUCAUACAUCGGUGCCAAUGUCCGCCUGAGGUAUUUUCUUAAGGUGACGAUUGUGAGAAAGUUGACAGACUCAGUGAAAGAGUACAAUCUUAUCGUUCAGCAGCUUGCUACCUAUUCUGAAGUCAACAACUCUAUUAAAAUGGAAGUGGGCAUUGAAGAUUGUCUGCACAUAGAGUUUGAAUAUAAUAGGUCAAGGUAUCAUUUAAAGGAUGUGAUUGUUGGGCAAAUUUACUUCCUAUUAGUAAGAAUAAAAAUACAACACAUGGAGUUACAACUGAUCAAGAAAGAGAUCACAGGAAUCGGACCCAGCCUCACAACAGAAACAGAAACAGUCGCUAAAUACGAAAUAAUGGAUGGUGCACCCGUGAAAGGAGAAUCUAUUCCAAUAAGAUUGUUCUUAGCAGGAUAUGACCCGACUCCCACAAUGAGAGAUGUGAACAAGAAGUUUUCAGUAAGGUGCUUUUUGAACCUGGUGCCUGUUGAUGAGGAAGACAGAAGGUACUUCAAGCAACAGGAGAUCAUCCUGUGGAGAAAAGCUCCUGAAAAACUGAGGAAACAGAGAACGAACUUUCACCAGCGGCUUGAAUCUCCAGAAUCCCAGGCACCUGGGGAACAGCCCGAGAUGUAAACAGAAUAGGACAAA